UUAUGUCAUUAGUGUCAUUCCACGAAAAAUCUCGCGUCUGGCUGUAUUUUUAUUUACAAGCGUUUCAAUGAUAGAUUUUCUUUUUGCGGUGGUAAUAUCUCUAGAUUAAAGUAUAUGGUACAGAUAUAAAUAAAAAUGAACCUAGAAUUAUUAGAAUCGUUUGGUCAAAACUACCCUGAGGAGUUUGAUGGCUCGCUGGACUCGAUUUCUUUGGCAGCGACGUGUGCCUUCAACCGGCGUGGUACACUGCUGGCCGUAGGUUGCAAUGACGGCAGAAUAUUCAUUUGGGACUUCCUGACCCGGGGCAUAGCCAAGUCAAUAUCAGCUCACGUCUACCCUGUUUGUAGUCUUAGUUGGUCUAGGAAUUGCAAAAAGCUGCUGUCUGCAUCAACAGACCACAAUGUCUGCAUAUGGGACAUCUUAUCAGGGGAGUGUGAGCAGAGGUACAGGUUUCCGACAGCCAUUCUUCGCGUUCAGUUUGACCCGAGGAACGACAAGCGCUUCCUUGUGUGCCCCAUGAGACAUGCGGCUUUAUUGGUUGACACAGAAGGAGAACAUAAAAUACUGCCCAUUGAUGAAGAUGGUGACAUAAAUGUAAUAGCAUCAUUUGAUCGCCGAGGAGACCAUGUUUAUACGGGAAAUGCAAAAGGAAAGAUUUUAAUAUUAGACACACAGACAUUAGCAGUGAAAGCCAGCUUCAAAAUAACUGUAGGAACAUCAAGCACAACCAGUAUUAAAAGCAUAGAGUUUGCUCGAAGAGGAAAUUGUUUUCUGGUGAACACAUCUGAUAGAGUUAUAAGAGUAUAUGACACUAAAACUGUGCUCAAAUGCGGUUUGAAUGGAGAACCUGAACCAAUACAGAAGCUGCAGGAUCUUGUCAAUAAAACGACGUGGAAGAAGUGCUGCUUCUCUGGUGACGGCGAAUACAUCUGCGCGGGCUCGGCGCGUCAGCACGCGCUGUACGUGUGGGAAAAGUCCAUCGGGAACAUCGUCAAGAUCCUGCACGGGACCAAGGGCGAGCUGCUGCUGGAUGUCGUCUGGCACCCCAUACGGCCCAUCAUCGCUAGUAUUAGUGCAGGCGUAGUGUCAAUAUGGGCUCAGAAUCAAGUGGAGAACUGGUCGGCCUUCGCGCCAGACUUCAAGGAGCUGGACGAGAAUGUGGAGUACGAGGAACGCGAAAGCGAGUUCGACGUGGAAGACGAGGACCGCUCCGUAGACCAGGCUGGAGAGACGCAUGAUGAUGAGGAGCUGGACGUGGACGUGACGACGUGCGAGCCGGUGGCGGCGUUCUGCAGCUCGGACGAGGAGGGCGAGGACGAGAACGUGCUGUCCUUCCUGCCCAUCGCGCCCGAGAUCGAGGACCCGGAGGACGGCUGGGCGGCGACGCAGGAGUCGGUGACGCCGACAGAGACGCCGGCGGCGCUGGAGCCGGCCGCCAAGCGCAAGUGCAAGACCUACGACAUCUCGCUCAAGAUCGCGCCCGAACAACCCCUAUCUUUUGGCGGCAAGAAUAAACAGACGGCGGGAAGUAAAAAAGUUGCCGGGAGACCUAGAAAAUAAUAAACAUAUUUGUA